AAGCUGAAAGGUAUGUGAGAGUGAAAGGCGAAGAAGGGGCGGCGUCUUUUGACUGUGGCCGAAUUCCCCACGACAUCCAGGGAAGAGAAUCUGUGCCCAGAUCUUUUACUACGCCUAUCGUAGGUCAUGAGAAGCCCAGCUGCAGUAGCUGGCAUGAUGUUGCAUCAUGCCAGUCUUACUUUGACACUGCACUUUGGCGUUUUUCGCACUCGCCGCGAUGGAACUCUGAUGGUCCAAGUUGGCCGUCUACGUAUCCAACUUACUGUUUUCCUUCGAAGAAACGCAUCAUUACUGAUAGUACAGGAUCGAGGAGCGGUGAGAGGCUCCUUACGUUCGCAGGACAGCGGCGAUCAAUAUUAGGGCGAAGUGCCUUUAUCGGUGAACUUCGCCUGAUGGAUGGGGUACGAGAGGUUAACGGGCACAGAUAAAAUAUGUAUAUUACACUGUCAAAACGAGGCGAAAAGAGGGAUAUGUGGACGUAGGGAAUAAUGCAGACGACAUUCG